CUUCUGCAUAUAAAUAGAGUAAUCUCUCUCUCUCUCUCUCUCUCUCUCUCUCUCUCUCUCAAAACACCAUGGAUGCUGCAAUCUUCUUCACUCUCCUCUUCCUUCUCCCCAUCAUCCUUCUCUUAAUCAGAUCAAGAAAACCAAGAUCAUCGAAAAAGCUCCCACCGGGCCCACUCGGUAUCCCCAUCAUAGGCCAGAGCCUACAACUCCUCCGCACCAUGCGAUCCAACACAGCCGAGAAAUGGCUAGACGAUCGCAUAAAAAAGUACGGUCCGAUCUCAAAACUCACCCUCUUCGGAACACCGACGGUUUUCCUCACCGGAACCGCUGCCAACAAAUUCAUAUUUACCAGCGAAGGCGACACACUCACUAAUCAACAGCCACAGUCGAUCCGACGAAUAAUGGGCGAUCGGAAUUUGAUGGAGCUGAUCGGCGACGACCACAAGCGCGUGCGAGGUGCGCUCGUAUCGUUCUUGAAGCCGGAGGUGCUGAAGAAGUAUGUGGGAAAGAUGGAUGUUGAGGUGAAGCAACACCUUCAUAUGCAUUGGGAAGGGAAGCGUAACGUUACGGUGCUACCUCUGAUGAAGAUACUAACAUUCGACAUCAUCUGUUCCCUCCUAUUCGGCCUUGAGCGGGGCCCACAGCGAGAACAGUUCAUCAAUGGCUUCCAACAGAUGAUCGAGGGAAUGUGGUCGGUCCCUAUAAACUUGCCAUUCACACGUUUCAACCGCAGCUUGAGAGCGAGCCAAAGGGUAGGAACCAUGAUCACCGAUCUCAUACAUGAGAAGCGGGCUGCGUUAGAGCUGGGCCAUGCUUCUCCACAUGCAGAUCUCAUCACUUGCUUGCUUAGUAGGUGCGGUGACGGAGAGGCCAUCACUCACAAGGAGAUAGUAGAUAAUGCCAAGAUCGUCAUGAUUGCGGGCCACGACACUUCAUCGGUCCUGAUCACUUUCUUGCUUCGACUGCUAGCCAAAGAUCAGCUCAUCUACGACAAUGUUCUGCAUGAACAAGAAGAGAUAGCGAAGAGCAAAGCACCGGGGGAGCUUCUAACGUGGGACGAUCUAGCUAAGAUGAAGUACACAUGGAGGGUGGCGAUGGAGAUUUUGCGGCAGAUCCCACCAGUGUUCGGUGCCUUCCGGACGGUCGUGAAGGACAUCGAAUAUGGUGGAUACCUAAUACCCAAAGGGUGGCAAAUUUUCUGGUCCAUGAACUCCACACAUAGGGACGUGCAAAUUUUCCCCGAACCGUCGAAGUUCGAUCCGUCCCGCUUCGAUGGCCAAGCUUUAGUUCCACCUUACUCUUUCGUUGCAUUUGGGGGAGGAGUGAGGAUAUGUCCCGGUUAUGAGUUUGCGAGAAUAGAGACUCUGAUCACCAUUCAUUAUUUGGUGACACAGUUCAAAUGGAAGUUGUGUUCCAAAGACGAUUCUUUUAUCAGGGACCCAAUGCCAGUUCCCAGUCAAGGGUUACCAAUACAACUUGAGCCCAAGGAAACCUGA